CUAAGCGACCGUCGUUUGUUCGGUAAAUUCACGCUUGUUUUUGGGCUUGUUUUGUUAUAAUUAAAAUAAUAUAUUGUGUUUAUUCAGUGCGACAAUUUGUGUUUUUACUCUCAAGAACUUAUGAAGCAGUUUUGAAAUAUCGACUAAAUACUUAACUAGAAAUGGCGUCCAUAGCAGCCGCUCAGGUACAGGAAGUUAGGUCUAUUACUCGGAUCGAAAGAAUUGGCGCCCAUUCUCACAUUAGAGGCCUGGGUUUGGACGAUGCGUUGGAGCCGAGAGCCGUCUCCCAGGGCAUGGUGGGCCAGAAGAUGGCGAGGAAAGCCGCCGGAGUCAUUCUGCAGAUGAUUCGAGAAGGAAAAAUAGCAGGCAGAGCAGUGCUGCUGGCGGGCCAGCCGGGCACUGGUAAAACAGCCAUCGCCAUGGGACUCGCGCAAGCUUUGGGACCCGACACACCUUUUACCAGCAUGGCUGGUUCCGAAAUAUACUCGCUGGAAAUGAGCAAAACAGAAGCUUUGACACAAGCCAUCAGAAAAUCUAUUGGAAUAAGAAUCAAAGAAGAGUCCGAGAUAAUCGAGGGUGAGGUGGUGGAAGUGGUAGUGGAGCGGGCGGUGGGCAGCGGGGGCGCGCGCUCCGGCCGACUGACCCUCAAGACCACAGACAUGGAGACCAACUACGACAUGGGGACUAAGAUGAUCGACUCGCUCAUUAAGGAAAAGGUACAAGCUGGAGACGUCAUAACCAUAGACAAAGCGACAGGCAAGAUCAACAAACUUGGCCGGAGCUUCGCCAGAGCGAGGGAUUACGACGCCACAGGUCAGCAGGCGCGCUUCGUGCAGUGUCCGGAGGGCGAGCUACAGAAGCGCAAGGAGGUGGUGCACACCGUCACGCUGCACGAGGUCGACGUCAUCAACUCCCGCACACACGGCUUCCUCGCGCUCUUCUCAGGUGACACCGGCGAGAUCAAGUCCGAGAUUCGCGAGCAGAUAAACGGCAAGGUGGCGGAGUGGCGGGAGGAGGGCAAGGCCGAGAUGAUUCCCGGCGUGCUGUUCGUCGACGAGGCGCACAUGUUAGACAUCGAAUGCUUCUCGUUCCUCAACCGAGCAUUAGAAUCGGAGACCGCACCGGUAGUGAUAAUGGCGACGAACCGAGGCAUCACCAGAAUACGAGGCACCAACUACAAGAGCCCGCACGGCAUACCGUUAGACCUGCUAGACAGAAUGAUCAUAGUGCCCACCUCGCCGUACUCACAUCAGGAGCUGAAGGAGAUACUUAAUAUUAGGUGUGAGGAGGAGGACUGCCAGAUGUCGAGCGACGCGCUGACGGUGCUGACGCGCAUCGCCACGGAGACGUCGCUGCGGUACGCGAUACAGCUCAUCACCACCGCCUCGCUCGUCGCCAAGCGGAGGAAGGCCACUGAGGUGAGCAUGGAGGACGUUAAGAAGGUGUACACGCUGUUCCUGGACGAGCACCGCUCCGAGCAGUUCCUCAAGGAGUACCAGGACGAGUUCAUGUUCAGCGACCACGCCGCCGGAGACGCGCCGCAGUUAAUGGAAGUUUCUCAGUGAAUCUAGUACCUAGAACUUCCAAAUUACAAAUUACGUGUUACGUCAUACUCCAAGACAAGAGUCGGAAGAAGGAAUUGUUAUUUUCAAAGACAGAUUUUUACGUUCGUAAACUUUAAGAUUGAAGUUAUAUUUUAAUAAAUUGAUUUCAACACCAA